AUGAAAUUGGAUACAUCUCAUAUGAGAUAUUUGACGACUGAUGAUUUUCGUGUUCUUCAAGCCGUUGAACAAGGUUCUAGAAGUCACGAAGUUGUUCCAACUUCCUUGAUUCACCAACUCUCCGGCAUGAGAUCACAGUCCGGUACAAACCGAGCCAUUAGUGAUUUGGCCAAGCUUAGCUUAAUUUCCAAAAUGAGAAAUAUCAAAUAUGAUGGCUAUAGGUUAACUUAUAACGGUAUUGAUUAUCUGGCUUUAAAAACCAUGUUGAACAGGGACACUGUCUAUUCUGUCGGUAAUACCAUUGGUGUUGGUAAAGAAUCUGACAUUUAUAAAGUAAGUGACAAAAAUGGAAACCCAAGAGUAAUGAAGAUCCACAGAUUAGGUAGAACCUCCUUUCAUUCUGUCAGGAAUAAUAGAGAUUAUUUGAAAAAAUCUAAUCAAGGGGCAAACUGGAUGCAUCUUUCACGUUUGGCCGCUAAUAAAGAAUAUCAGUUUAUGUCAAUGCUUUAUUCCAAGGGUUUCAAGGUCCCUGAGCCAUUUGAUAAUUCGCGUCAUAUCGUAGUCAUGGAGCUUAUUGAAGGCUACCCAAUGAGAAGAUUAAGAAAACAUAAGAAUAUACCCAAGCUUUAUAGUGAUCUAAUGCGUUUUAUCGUUGAUCUAGCAAAUAGUGGGCUUAUUCAUUGUGAUUUUAAUGAGUUCAAUAUUAUGAUUAAGGACGAAGUAGAAGAUGAAAAGGAUUGUGGGUUCGUAGUCAUUGAUUUUCCACAAUGUAUAUCUAUUCAACAUCAAGAUGCCGACUAUUAUUUCCAAAGGGACGUUGAUUGUAUUCGUCGUUUCUUCAAAAAGAAACUGAAGUACGAACCAAAACCUGAUUCAUCAAUGCUUGACACUGAAGGUUUUGGCGAUGGUUAUAAGUACGCAUAUCCAGAUUUUAAAAGGGACGUUAAAAGAAGCGACAACUUGGAUGAAUUGGUACAAGCUUCUGGGUUUAGUAAAAAGCACCCAGGCGAUAGGGGCUUAGAAACUGCUGUCGAAAGCAUGAGAAAUGCUGUUUAUAAUUCAGAUGACGAUAUAUCAGAUAAUGAAGCCGAAUAUGAAAGCGAAGAGGGCGAUUAUUCAGAGGAUGAUGAAUACUAUGAUUCCGAAUUUGAUGAUGAGGGUUCUGAAGAUAAUAGCGAAGAUGCACAGGAAGAGGAAAAUGAACGUAUUAUAGAGGCACUCUCUAGUGGUGUUGAAAACCUAAAAAUGGAUAAACUGGGAAACUAUAUACUAGAGUAG